CUCUCUCCAGUGCCGCAGCAAGCAAAAGAAAGAGAGGUAGAGGAAAAAAGACUGAGCCUUGCAAUCAACCGUCACCCUGACGAUGUGUCAGUCAAACACCCUGCAGGGACCAGAUCUGCACACAGGGAAAUGGUGAGAUGCUAUAAAGCUUUAUCUAACCCUCCACCCUCUUGCUACAACCUCCACAAAGUUAAAAUUCAUGUCCGGAGGCUGCGUUCAGGAAACGGCAGCAGCAGCAGCUGUGCCGGGGACCAGCACCCGCCACUGGAGAGUCCAGGCCCGGCUGGCUCUGCCGGUGGUACACCAAAUAGGAGAACUCGUUUCAGGUUGCAAUUUCCCCAGCUGGCCCUGAGGCGAAGGUUGGGCCAGCUAAGCUGUAUGUCUAGGCCUGCUCUGAAACUCCGUUCUUGGCCUCUGACUAUUCUCUAUUACCUUCUGCCUUUCGGUGCUCUUAAACCCUUGACCAGAGUGGGAUGGAGGCCUAUGAGCAGGGUGGCUCUGUACAAAUCAGUACCAACUCGACUGCUCUCGCGAGCCUGGGGUCGCCUGAACCAGGUGGAGCUGCCUACAUGGCUCCGGAAGCCUGUUUACAGCCUGUACAUCUGGACAUUUGGAGUGAACAUGAAGGAGGCAGCUGUUGAAGAUCUGCAUCACUAUAGAAACCUCAGCGAAUUCUUCCGCAGGAAGCUGAAACCGCAAGCGCGCCCAGUCUGCUGUUUGCACAGUGUGAUUAGUCCCUCUGAUGGAAAGAUCCUUAAUUUCGGACAGGUGAAAAACUGUGAAGUGGAGCAAGUAAAAGGGGUUACUUAUUCUCUGGAGUCUUUCUUGGGACCUCGCAUUUCCACAGAGGAACUGCAUUUUAGCCAGGCCCCACCUGGUAACUCUUUUCAGCAACAACUAGUCACAAAGGAGGGAAAUGAGCUCUAUCAUUGUGUAAUCUACCUUGCACCAGGGGAUUAUCACUGCUUCCACUCACCCACUGACUGGAGAGUGUCACACCGACGUCAUUUCCCAGGCUCUCUGAUGUCUGUGAAUCCUGGAGUUGCUCGCUGGAUCAAAGAACUGUUCUGCCACAAUGAACGGGUUGUCCUUACAGGUGACUGGAAACACGGCUUUUUCUCUUUAACAGCUGUAGGAGCAACAAACGUGGGCUCUAUCCGCAUCUACUUUGACCAGGACUUGCAUACCAACAGUCCACGUUACUCUAAAGGUUCCUACAAUGACUUCAGCUUCAUAUCUAACAACAACAAGGAGGGAAUCCCCAUGAGGAAAGGAGAACAUUUAGGGGAAUUUAACUUAGGUUCUACGAUUGUACUGAUCUUCGAGGCACCCAAGGACUUCAAAUUCCACCUCAAAGCCGGACAGAAAAUCCGCUUUGGAGAAGCGCUGGGCUCUCUAUAGAAACUCUCUCAGCAAGAAGGCUUUCUAUACAAAGGGACUCUUACUACACCACUGAGUGUUUCACUUAACAUGUAUGUAUCACUCAGCUGGACCUGGGUGAGGAAAACAGAUGUCACUGCUAUGUUAAACUUGAGAGUAUUUGGUCUAUAUUUACAUGCUGCUGAAUGCAGAAAGAGAAUUCAAUGACCAUGUAUGUAUCAGGUACAGCUGCCUUUGAAGAUCUUGACUAUAGAAGUUUCUGUUCCACCCUGUGCCUGUAGUCUUUCAUGUUCUCCCCUCAAUGUGCCACUGAAUAAUGUUCUUAGAGCCUGUAAGUCUCUCUUAAGCCUUCCUAGGCUGUGCAGGUGCAAUGGGGAAGGGUGGAGGUAGAGAUUAGCUGUAUUUAAAGGGACAGUGACAGGUUCAGUCAGACCUUGUACCUGCAAUAUCUUUUUUUCAGACCUUGAGUAACGAAUGGUUCCGAUUUAUUUUAUUCUAAGACACUCUGCUGAAGUUCCUAGAUAAAGGCAGCCUGUGAAUGCAUAGAGCACCAAACAGUUAAAUGGGCUAGUAUGGCUUCACAGUCCAAACUAAGCAAGAUGUACAACAGACAAUAAAUCACACUUAUCCAGGUUUUCUACUGUUGGACAACUUUAAUUCUUUUACCUGACAUUGUCCCUUUAAAAAUAGACGUUGCACUGUAUUUUAAACCUGAAAACACUGUGUCUACAUUCCAUAGGAUGAAACUGGUCAUCUUGGGAUUUAAAAAAAAAAAAAAAAAGCAAGCAAGCAGACAAAGCUGUGUGGUUUUAUUUUGCUAUUCCAGGCCUUAAAGAUCUUGUUUGUAUGAGAGACAGUUACUUCACCUCUUGGAUUAAGGAGUUAGAGGACAUGGGAAUGUUUUUCUUGUGUGAUGCAAUGAGAUGGCAGCCAAAAUAUGUUUUUUACUUUCUGCUAUGUAUCAUCAUCAUUGUUGCUUUGUCACUAAAUUCUUGAAGAAUUAAUUCCUCUACUUACAGAACAGUUUCAGAUACUUCAGGACCAAUUUUUAUUGCACGGAGUGAAAUACCCUAUGCACUGACUGUAGAAAAAUAUUACAGCUCUUUCUUUGAAGCAAUCCCAAGUAGCCUCCCAGGUGCCAACCUGGCCAUCCUAAAAUGGACUGGCAACAAUUUCAUCUUAUCCAAAAUAUAAAAACCCCACACACCUGCUCUGACUUCUGCCCUCAUACUUAAUGCUAGGAAUGUGCUGGGGGCUGAAAGCUCUGUGCUGAAGCUUCAUCCCACAGCAAAACAUUAGAGCCUCUUUGUAACUUCAUGUCAAGAAGAGUUAAAAUCUAACACCUUGGAUCUGUUGAAUGUGGCACUACAUGGCACUAACAGAAACUGGCACCAAAGUGAAGAAGAGGAACUGAGUUUUAAAGCAAUGUAUCAAUUGUUUUUGAGAAUAAACUGUUUCAAGUCCAGGCAUUCAAACAUUUAGAACUGACUUUGCUGUCCAGAGGUGGGAGUGGACAUGCUUAUGAAACCUGCCUUUCUACUCUCUGAAAGAUUUCUCAUAUUACUUCCUUGCUUGAGCUUUGGGUGUUUUUUCUGCUACUUCAAGGAGAUGGUAGGCUUUGACCAGCUCUGAUUUCCUAAAGAAAAACUUACCUUCUUUGUAUGCACUGCAGAAAACAAUAGAAUAUAAUUUUGUUGUACAAAUGUCCAGUUUGCCAAGUCCUGUAUGCUUAGCUUGUCAUCAGGAAAGAAGGGAUGAUAAACUGCCUCUUAAGUGAUGUAGCCCAACCAUGACUCCGAUGAUGGUGGCUGCUUGGGUGACAAGCAGGAGAAAAUUCAUUUGGCUCCGAGAGUCAAUGUUUCCUCACUUUACACAGGGAGGAGUUUGAAAGCUUGAAGUGGCUCUCAGCCACCUAUCUUGUUAAACUUCUUGGCAUUAGCAAGUUUACUCCUGCAGCAGUAUAUUACCGUAUACAGGUUAUAGAAAUGUGCACUUUUUUAAACCACUGAGAGUGAGAAAAGACUAAGGCAAACAUCAACCUCAAGAGGAUAAAGCAAUGACUAGCCUUUUGACUAAUCUUCAACGUCAUGUUAACAGUAGAAAGCAAAUUUGUUCCAGUGGAUGAGAGAAAAGACAACUGCAUCUUUUUCCCCUUUUCCACUGGGGCCUAUGGCAUCCAGACACAGCCAAAGCACCUUUAAGCUUUAAUUUCUUCCUACUCAGCAUCAUUAUCCACAGUAUCUGAAGGUUACUGUUGGCCUAGUAAUAGACGACAGGUUACCUGAUGUUUGCUUUGUUAAAAAUCUAAGAAGGAGAGGAUUCAGCAUGCAAGUGGCUGUUUUUGUGAUGGUGGUCUUAAUACUGUGCAGAGCUAGCUGAUUAACAAACAUUACUUGUUAUGCAGUGGUCAACAAUGCACCCUGGAAGUGAAAGCAAAGUUCCUAGAGGGUACUGAUAAUGCUGUGAAUUUCUCCUGCAUGGAGAAUCCAUUUAAUUCUUCA